AUGCCGGGGGCACCCACCCACCCGCGCGCUGCCCACGGGGGGCACGGCGGGACGCCGACGCGGCUCCUCGGCGCGGCCGGCGAUCCUCAGCGCCGCGGCGGGCCGGGUUCGGUGGCGGCGUGCCGCGCUCCGCGCCGGGGCUCCCGGCUCAUCCUCCGCUCCUGGCGCAAGGGAGAGAAAGGAGAGCGUGAGAGCACGGCCAGGCCGGCUCCCCCCCCCCGGGCAGACCCCGAGGGCCGGGAGCGGCGCGGGGGAGAUCAAAGGCGGCGGCGAGAGGGGAACGGGCCGGAGUCCGCCACCGGCUCCGCCGCACUGCCGGCAGGACCGUGCAACGGGAAGGGCGGCGAGCAGGCGGCGGAGGCAGAGGAGCGGUGGGGAGGCCGGGGCCGGUACCGGGAGCAGCGGGGGCUGACGGUGCCUGCCACCGCGGGUCCCCAGCAGGGCGCUGCAGCUAUUAGAUUACAACGGAGCUAUUCAUUACGCCGGGACGACAAUCGAGUUAGGAGGGCGAGCGGCCAGGGGACGCGGCACAGCCCGUGGGGACCCUCCGGCAUCACGGCCGCACCGCGCCCCGGCACCGCACGGACAGACCCGCGCACACCGGGACUGCAGGGGGACGUGCAGCUGCAGCAGGGAGCGAUGCACAGGGACACACGGACACACGCCCAGAGGGACGCGUGCCCAGCCUCCUCCACGGCCGCGGUGCGAAGGCUGCGGUGCCGCUGCCGGAGCAGAGCAGCCUGGCCGGCACAGGCUGAGCUCUGCGGCCAGGUCUGGGGCUCCCACUCGCCUGGGGAAACCUGCCGUGGGGAGCAGGGCUGGCUGCAUCCUGACCAUCCUGGGGAGCAUCUUCCCAUGGAUGUUCACAGCAGUGCCGAGCCGCAGCCCAUAGUCACCCCUGCGCUCUGGGAAACGGGCUAAAAACAUCCCCGUUGGAUCCCUCUCCAUCCAAGAAAGGAUUCCGGCCUGAUAAAUAACAUUACGGAUUAACCCAGCGCACGGAAGCAACGCCGAGCGGCAGCGUGAGGCAAAUCCCGGCGUUGGGGUAACGGUGUGCCGGGUGCCAGCAGCCCGGUGGGUUGGGGCCGGCAUAUUGUUCGGCUGCUGGUGGUUGGGGAGCGCUUGGAAAUGAUUUCUUACUGGAAAAA